AACAUCUAGUGAUAGAAAAACAUUAAGGGAUUGAGUGGUUAAACCAAAUUACUUUUUUUCGCUAUGCAUUUUCACGAAGAACCUGAUUUCAUUUCAUCACAAAUAUUCUCUUUCAUAAACACCUCAAAAAUGCCACUAGAUAAGGAUGUGGCUCAUUUCAACUAAUCAACGUUCUUACUAAAUUCAACCACUUCAUGAAAUCCCCUUUCUCACAACCACUCCAAAACUCACCCAUGCAUUCUCUACUAUAUAAUACCAAGAUUCUGUGUUCAGUUGAACUCAAAAAAAAAGGACUCUACUAAAUAGAAGAAGUAGCAAAAUCUACAUCUGAAAUACUUGGAAACAAGAUGUUGAUAAGAUCAUUAUUUACAGCUUCAAUGGCAAUGUUAAUUACCGUUGCUCAAUGGGAAGUGAUUGGUGUAUCCGCAAUUGACCCGAUUGCAGCCACAGGAAAAGAACCAAUGAUUGAGUUGUACAUGCAUGACAUUCAAGGAGGAAGCAGCCCAACAGCUAGGCCGGUUACCGGCUUGCUGGGCAACAUUUACAGCGGGCAAGUGCCUUUUGCGAUGCCAAUAGGAUUCAACAUCCCGCAAGGUCAGACUGCUGUCCCCAAUGCCAAUGGUGCUCUUCCAACUGUCAACGGAGUAUUCGGGAUCCCACUUGGAACCGGCUUGGCUGGUACGAGCUUUGCAGGAGACUCAGGGAACAAUAACAACCAGAAUAAUGCCCAGUUGCAGUUAGGACCUGAUGGUUUGGGACUUGGUUUCGGCACAAUCACUGUAAUUGAUGAUGUUUUAACGGCUCAACCAGAACUGGGGUCACAAAUAGUUGGGAAAGCUCAAGGAGUGUACGUGGCGAGCUCGGCAGAUGGGAGUAGACAGAUGAUGACAUUUACCGCCUUGUUCGAAGGAGGGGAGUAUGGAGACAGCCUUAACUUCUAUGGCCUGUACAAGAUAGGGAGCGCCAUGUCGCAGUUAUCAGUGAUCGGGGGCACAGGGAAGUUCAAGAACGCAAGCGGUUUUGCAGAGCUCAGAGCUCUUAUCCCCCCAGGACAGGUUUCCACUGAUGGAGCAGAGACAUUGCUAAGGAUCACUGUCCAUUUGAACUACUAAAACUAUGAUGUCAAGAAUAUAAGAACAACUGGGUGCUGUUUGAUUGUAGAUGACUGUGAGAUUGGUCUUGUAUUUUAUCAGUUUGUUGCAGAAUGUAUCAGAAAUCUUCAUUGUAACCCCAAGAACCAUAUGGUGAUUUGUUUUCUUUUCUUCUUUUUCAAUUUGGCAACCUGUGACUUGGAAAUUUGGUAGUAUAAAGUAGCUGAUUUACAGUGAAA